AUGCCGACAAACCCAACCAUUCAGUCUAAUAGCUACAGAGCUAUCCGCGCGACCUACACACCAACUACUAUUACCGUCUACCAAGCCUACUCAUCCGAAAUCGCUGACCCUGCCCUUCAAGCACAAACCUUUCAACCACCUUUCUCCCGCACCCGCAUGACAUGGAUCAAGCCCUCAUUCCUGUGGAUGGCAUACCGCUGCGGAUGGGCAACAAAACCACGCCAGGAGCGUGUACUAGCCAUCGAGAUUACGCGCAAGGGAUUCGAAUGGGCUCUACAGCAUUCGUGCUUGAGUCAUUGGGGUGACCAGAGGAAGGAUAUUGCAAAGGACAAAGAACAAUGGCAGCAGCAAUUACGUGAGAGUCCCGUCCGCAUCCAAUGGGACCCAGAGCGCGAUCUCAAGCAUCAGCCCUUGGAGUAUCGUUCAAUUCAGAUUGGGCUAGGCCUCGGGGCAGUAGAAAGCUAUGUCGAUGAGUGGAUUGUUUCUAUUGUCGAUGUGACGGAUACAAUGCACAAAAUACGCGAAUAUCUGGAGGAAGGGGACUUGGAUUCUGCUAGAGCCUGUCUACCGGAGGAGAAGGCUUAUCCUUUAUCGGAGGAAUUAGCCAGGAUCUUACAUGCUUCAUGCUGA